UCGGUUUUGUUAUUUGCGGCUUCUCGCCGGUUUUACCAGUCAUGGGAAUUAGUGUUCUAUAUUUGCUAGGGGUUUCACUGCUGCUCACCGGAUCUUACAGAUUCAGAGCGCUGGCCGAGGAUAACAGCACAUCACCACCGGAGGACGACGAUAGUUUUAAAAGCCCCGCAUUUGUGCGCAGCAGAUUCAACUUGAGAAUAUGGUCCACCACCGAGGCUUUUGUCACAGAUGGAGCUGAGGUUCAAGCAAACGGGACAGAAGCCCCGGUAGAGAAUAAGUCAACGAAAGCGCCAUGGAAACCGAAACGUACUCGGUCCACAACAGCUCAACCGACCACCCAAGGAGUGCCUACUGGGACAGCAUCCGAAUCGACCACGAAACACACGCCUACUACGUUAAAGGGGAAACUGCGAAAACUUUCGGCUCCUGGGUGUGGUGAGCUAAAUGGAGAUGACAUUCCAUGGAUUGCCAUACUGGAGCAUACGAAUCCCAAGGAAGGCGAUUUACACAAAAAGACGCUUAGCAAGGGGGUCCUUAUUGACGAUCGGCACGUUUUGACGACUAUUUCCAGCAUACACAAUUCGUAUCCUUUCUGGGUGGUGACGGGAAUCCGACUUGGUGAUACGCCAACGUGGGCCUUUUCGGAAGGUGGUAAGAAGACCAGGGCGAAAAAACAAGACGUCCUUUCGCUGCCGAUUAAAAAUGUGUUUUUGCACGAGAAAAAGGACAUCGCCGUGAUUCGGUUGGCCGAGCGGGUGAAUUCUACCGACAAAAUUCGGCCGGUGUGCCUGCCGACUUCCGAUCGGUACAACUACACCGAACUGUACUUUCAUGUGUGUCGGAAGGUAAAAUCCGAACUUAAUCGGGUAAAUACGACUAGCAAGUUGGUGGCCGUUACGUCACUGGCUCAGACGGAUUGUCAAAUUCUGUUCCAGCGGCACAAGGCCGAACUUGGUACGAAAGAAUUUUGCGCUUGGGAUGAAACUGGAGACAAUUGUACGGGAGAUCUUGGCGGUCCGCUGAUGGUUAAGCUUGGUGGGCGGUAUCAUGUGGUCGGGCUGAACUCGUAUGCACUAGCUAAGUCGAAAAUCGACAGUGAAGGACUUCCCGGGGUGUACGUACGUGUCGGAUCUUUCCUAAGGUGGAUCCAUGCGGUACUGAAAACGGAAUUCAACGACGGUUCGGAUGUGUCAAAGGGCACGACAGAACUCGGAACAUAAUUGUUACUCGCUGAUUAGCGAUUUCAACACGUUAGGAAACGUGGUAGGAAGCGAGGUGCCGGCCUAUUUAUUAUUAUUUUUGUUAUUAUUAUUAUUACUAUU